AUAAAACAAAACGUACUGAUUUCGCGUAUUGAUUUUGAUUUGGCUCCAAUGUUGUUACUUGUUUUAUUUUGAGAAAUUAUUUUGCUAUUUUCUCGACUAACUAGCUGUUUUGAAUUGAAAUAAACAAGGUAAUACACAUAGCUUGAUAUUUACUUAAACGACAAGAAGAUGCUUCCCCGCACCUACUACAACGACCAAGAUAUCCGAAAACGCCAAAUCGACACGUUAAAAAUCUUCAACGACAAUGUCUUAGAAGUCACUGAAAAUUCGGAAUACAAGAUCGAAUUUUCUUCUGAAGGGAAGAACAUGAGCCUCAAUGUGGUCUUAGGGCCUGAGUUUCCUAACGAGAAGCCUUCGAUAUUCGUCAAUCCAGUGAUACCUCACCCGUGGAUUGCAGAAAAUUCAAACGAAGUCAUUAGAGCUCCUGGUUUAGUCAAUUAUACGUUGCAUUCCGACUUAGGACGCAUAGUACAGGCUAUAAUAAGGGAAUUUCAAAGAGCGUUACCUCAUCUAGCCACUAAUGAUGACACACCAAGCGAUGCGAGUCCCCAAUCGCAAGUUAUAUCGCUGUCAAUGUUGCAAGAACUGAACAAUUUGUCUAUCGAUGAGCUUAAGGAAAUAUUGGACAAUACUGACUUACAGGACAAGCUCUUAGAAAACAACCCGCAACUCAUAAAACUAGACUUAGAAACAGAAGAACUAAUGAACAGCAUCGAAGAAAUCGCCCAAGACAACAUCGCAAAGCAACAAAUGCUGGACGAACUAAAGACAGAUGUCAUUGACCGUAUUUCAACAAUUGUUCAGAUGAAGAUGAGCUAUGAAGAGUUGCAUCGUAAACACCAGAAGUUGGCAGAGAUGUACGAUCCUCAUCGGAUUAGGGAUUGUUUGAAGGAAGCUGCGUUGAAAGCCGAUGAGGAUGCAGAAGUUAUAGCAGAGAUGUUUUUGCUAGGUAAACUACCAGUAGAGAAUUUCAUAACAAAAUUCGCGGAGAAACGUGCUUUAGGCCAAGCUAGACGCGCGAGAGAAGAGAGGCUAGCGCACCAACUAGCACAGUUGGAUAGAGCGACCACUUAACUCGAUCGUCUAACGCGUUGUGACAGAAACCGAGCUAGAAAGGGGUGGGGAUAUACUUAUAGGUGGCGCAGUGAGAGUUGAGACCAUACAGGCAAAGAUUGUAUCGAUGAUUAGGUACAACGUUGGUGGCCUUUUUUUCGUCCUAAAAAACCGCAACAUAAAAAAAGCGACACAUUACGUCGAUGGAUAGUUUUUCGUCCCGGGCCACAGCAGAUAUGCAACUAUUAGAUUGAUAUGCGAUAUUGCGACUGUAUCGAUGCAGUAUCGCGACUUCGCGACUUCAUGCGUUCAGAAUUGCGCGUUUUAGCUACAGCUGCGUUGAGCUUUCGAAAAGCGACUCAAUUGCCGCGUUGCGCGAAAAAGUUCUGAAAAAAAAGUAGCUAAAUCGCCGAUGCUGAAACUUGCGUAUUCUGACUGAUAAGUGUUUUGUCUCGCUUGCACACUUUUAGCAAGAGCGAGGUAGGUGUAUUUGAUAUUUGAACUUGAAUGUGUAAUGUUUGUAUUCUGUUCUGUAUUAGAAAUAUUACAUCAGCGUGAGUAUGUGCUUGCCUCAACUUUUUUUACGCGAUCUAUACGCGCGGUUGCUUCAGAAGUAUUGUAGAUAAAUGUAUUGUUGAGAUGAAAGGAAGUUGAGUAAUGCAGUCACAGGCUUGUCAAGAUGUUUGUGAUGGUGUGUGGGCUGUUAUUUGCAAAUAUAUGUACAAAUAUUUUAAACUUGUGUUCUGUUGAUAUUGUAGUAUAAAUCUUUACAAAAUUUGUUCAAAAAUAUUUGCGUAAUCUACAUGGAAGUCGUAUUUACAAAGAAUACUAACUUUCGAUGGGGCAGCAAGGUUCUAAGUAUAGCCACGUAUCGGAAAACGCAGCGUGGGACGUCCACCCACAAGGUGGACCGACGACCUCAUAAAGG